AUGUACGAAGGGAUUGACAACCUGAAAUCCCUUUACGACCGUGCCGGUAGGACUUUCCCCGGCGGUCCUUCUGCGGCACAGGAUGUGCCGCGUCGUACUGCUCAACCAGACCCAGUACGUCAACCAUCAGUUGGGAGCGGGGCCCCCAAGUAUCCCAGGACGAGGGAUAGCCGCGCCACCGGACGAGAUAACUCGUCCGACGUCCGUUCACGUCGCGGUGGUUCAACAGCUGCUCCACUAGAUAGCGCUAGCCACCGCGAGAGUCCUCUAAUGGAGGUGGAGGAGGAGAAAGACGCUCUCCACACGAUCGUGGGGAUCCGUGUGUUCCCGAGAGCUUCUUUGAUCGCGUAA